AGGAAACGCCUUUCCAGGCGCACUCCGCCGAUGUUGCCUAGGCUUGAACAGACCCUGUCCACAUUGCUCUGGUAGCUGAUUGUCGAAAAUACAAGAUGUCUUAUAGAACAGCCCCACAUUCUUCCUACAAAAAAAUGUUCGGUGGAGACAGAGCCGCGGUCAAAACCAGCUACUCGAGCCGCCAGUUCUCCAGCCCUGUGCGCUCCUCUCGGGUAUCUUACGGGCUCUCCUCCGCCCCGACUGUGUACGCAGUGAAGACCCAAAGGCUCCGUAGCAGCGCAGCCAUGCCCCGGUUGGCCUCCGAAAACUUGGACUUCUCCUUGUCCGACGCCAUAAACAGCGAGUUCAUCACGAACCGCACCAACGAGAAGGCGCAGAUGCAGUCGCUCAACGACCGCUUCGCCAGCUACAUAGAGAAGGUGCGCUUCUUGGAACAGCAGAACAAGAUCCUGCUGGCGGAGCUGGAGCAGCUGCGGGGGAAAGGCACUACCCGGGUAGGGGAUCUUUAUGAGGACGAGAUGCGGGAGCUGCGGCGCCAGGUGGACCAGCUGACCAACGAGAAAGCCCGGGUAGAAGUUUACCGGGAUAACCUGGCAGACGACAUCGAGAGGCUGAGAGAGAAGUUGCAGGAUGAAAUUUCCCAGAGAGAGGAGGCAGAAGCAAACAUGCAGAGCUUUAGACAGGAUGUGGACAAUGCUGCCCUCGCCAGACUGGACCUGGAGCGGAAGGUUGAGUCACUCCAGGAGGAAAUUAACUUCCUCAAGAAGCUACAUGAUGAGGAAAUGCUGGAGCUACAGAACCAGUUCCAGCAGCAGCAUGUGCAGGUUGACAUGGAUAUGGCUAAGCCCGACCUGACUGCAGCUCUGAGGGAUGUUCGUCUGCAGUAUGAGAGUCUGGCUUCCAAAAACAUCCAGGAGUCAGAGGAAUGGUACAAAUCCAAGUUUGCUGACCUGACUGAAGCUGCAGCCCGGAAUAAUGAUGCUUUGAGAGUGGCCAAGCAGGAGGCCAAUGACUACAGACGCCAAGUUCAGGCACUUACCUGUGAGGUGGAUGCCCUCAAAGGAACUAAUGAGUCUUUGGAGCGCCAGAUGAGGGACAUGGAGGAGAACUACUCCAUGGAGACCAGCGGGUGCCAGGACACCAUCGGCCGCCUGGAGGAGGACAUUCAUAACAUGAAGGAUGAGAUGGCCCGUCAUCUCAGAGAGUACCAAGAUCUGCUAAAUGUGAAGAUGGCGCUGGACAUUGAGAUUGCUACCUACAGGAAGCUGCUGGAAGGAGAGGAAAGCAGAAUCUCCACCCCGUUGCCAAAUUUCUCCUCUCUAAACUUGAGAGAAACAAUGAUUGAUUCUAAACCCCAUGUUGAAACCACAACUACCAAGAAAGUUCUUAUCAAGACCAUUGAGACCAGGGAUGGUCAGGUGAUCAACGAGUCGACCCACAACCAUGAUGACGUGGAGUAAUAACAUCUCUGUUUCUGCCAAACAACCGACACAAGCAAUAAGAAGAAACAUUUCACUGGGGCUACAAGCAAGCAGACAAACCAACAACCCACAAAAAAGCAAACAGCUUCAAAAAGUGCCUUUAUAUGUGAUGAUCCAGUACGCCUGUUAGUUGACACAGACUGUAUUCUGCUUCCUCUGCAUCUGAAAUUACUUUGUUACAUUUGUUUAGACAAAAUUAUGAAAUCAGCACAACUUAGUAAUCCUCUCUGAGGUCUACAAAACCUUUCUUUGUAUCCAAAGUAGUACUUUUGAUUAACACAGCAUGCACACUUCAAUAAAUCUGUAUGCUAAAGAUGUCACAAAUGCCUGUAUGCAGCAAUAAACUAUGAAGACUGUAACUCAGCACUGUGCACACAGUGUAAUACUUUGUCAUGCAUUAUUGUAAAAAUGCAACAUUAGCAAUAAUAUUUCCUGACAUAAACAUUUCAUCACA